AUGAACGGCGGCGGUGUCCCGCGGUGGUCCACAACCGAUUCGUCCAGUGGCGACCGUGAAAUCCGGCUGGACGACGGCUGUGGAGGCGGAAGCCGAUACCCUCACGUGUGGCUCAGGAACAACUGCCCUUGUUCGUCGUGCGCGUCCGCCGAGUCCGGUUUCCGGAAACAAGUGAUCCGCGAUUUUCGGUUCAGCUCGGCGCCGGCCCGGCUCGAGAUUGUAAGCAAUGAUAAGCUCUAUGUGAAAUGGGAUGACAGCCACGAGAGUACUUACGACUUACAAUGGCUCCUAGAGAGAAAUUUUAAUGAGGGUCAAGAACUCCACGAAAAUCAGCAAGUCAAAUGGACUGCGGAAUCGUUUUCAGCUAUAUUCCGGUCAUUUAAAUAUGAGGACGUAAUCAAAAGUGACGAAACUUUGCUACAGUGGUUGGAAACUUUGACAGUAUAUGGCAUCUCUAUGAUAAAAAGUUGCGGGUUGGAACAAGACCGCGUAAAAGAACUUGCCGGGCGUGUUGCUUUUUUGAAGAAGACACAAUACGGGGAGACGUUUAAAGUUGAAGUGAACACUGAUGCGACAAAUUUAGCAUAUAGAUCAACAUACUUGCAACUACACACGGACUUGCCAUAUUACGAAUACACACCCGGGGUGAUUUUGCUGCACUGCAUCGUUCAACCCGAGUCCAGUGGCGGCGAAUCCGAAGUGACCGACGGGCUGUCGGUGUGCGAUCGUCUGAAGGAAAUGGACGUGGACUGCUAUAAGACGCUUUCCACGGUGCCGGUGAGGUGGAUUGACCGCGGCCACGACGCCGGCUACAACUUUCAUAACGUUUACGUCUCGCCAGUAAUUUGCGAAGACAGUUAUGGGAAUGUCAAGAGAAUUAAUUUUAGUGAGCAUCACAGAGAUUCGAAAUUUCCUGUGUCAAUAGAUAGAGUACACAUUUGGUAUGAUGCAAUCGAAAAAUUUGUAAAGAUUGCGUACAACGAAAAGAUCAUCAGCACUUUUAAAAUGAAACCGGGGGACAUUUUGACUUUUGACAACCAUCGAGUACUUCACGGAAGAAAAGGAUAUCAAGGCUCUAGAUUAUUGAUUGGUGGUUAUUUGGACUGGGAUUUGAUAAAAUCAAGAACUCGCGUACUCCAAUCUCAACUAUCUAAUACAAAUAUUAACUAA